AUGGAAACUAAAGUCAAACUUAAUCUUGAAGAUGGCAAUCCUUUAGACAACAUAGGGCAUUACCAACGACUAGUAGGGAAACUAAUCUAUCUCACUAUAACUAGACCUGACAUCAACUAUGCUGUAAGUAUGGUAAGUCAAUUCAUCCAUGCUCCUCGCACUAGUCAUUUGGAUGCCAUCGAUAAGAUUCUUAGGUAUCUUAAAGGCACCCCUGGUCAAGGGAUUUUGAUGAAAAAUAACAGUUCAAAUGAUAUUAUUGGUUUUUCUGAUGUAGAUUGGGCCGGAAGCUGUGACAGAAAGUCAACUUCUGGUUUCUGUACAUUUGUGGGUGGCAACCUAGUAACUUGGAAAAGCAAGAAACAAACUGUAACUGCUAGAUCCAGCGCAGAAGCAGAAUACAGAGCAAUGGCAUCAACUGCCAGUGAGCUAAUAUAG